AUCUAACUUUCGAAGCGAUGGCCUCAGGCCCGAUCGUGGAAAACAGACGCGUUGCUAAUUUAAACAUUUCUACCAAUCAUGGCAGGUAAAAAAUCGACAUAUCGUUUUUACAAUGAUAUCUAAAUAUGCGUAGGAUAUCGGCCAGCGGGACGGACAGGAAGGUGACGUUUUGCACGGACGUGGACAAAUCCGUAAUAGUUCAUAAUUUUGAGAAGCGAGGGUGGGUUCAAGUCGGCCCGGAGGACGACUGGAAUUUUUAUUGGGCAGCCACGCAGUCCUGCAGAAACAUAUUCAGCGUGGAAACCGGAUACAGGAUGGACGACAAACAGAUGAUCAAUCAUUUCCCGAACCAUUACGAGUUGACGCGUAAGGAUCUGUUAGUGAAAAAUAUAAAGCGUUACCGGAAGGAGUUGGAGCGCGAAGGAAAUCCCCUCGCGGAACGAGGGGACGGACCGGGGAAAUAUCUCUAUCUCGAUUUCAUUCCGGUCACGUUUGUUUUACCCGCAGAUUAUAACAUGUUCGUGGAGGAAUACCGGAAAUCGCCGCAGAGCACGUGGAUCAUGAAACCGUGCGGUAAAUCGCAGGGCGCCGGGAUAUUUCUAAUCAAUAAAUUGAGUAAACUGAAGAAAUGGUCCCGCGAGGCGAAGAACCCCUUCAAUCCUAAUCUGACGAAAGAAUCCUACGUGAUAUCUAGAUACAUCGACAAUCCGCUCUUGAUCGGUGGGAAAAAAUUCGAUCUCCGGUUGUACGUCUUGAUCUCGUCCUUCCGACCACUGAAAGCGUACUUAUUCAAACUCGGAUUCUGUCGAUUCUGCACGGUGAAGUACGACACGAGUAUUCAAGAAUUAGACAACAUGUACGUUCACCUGACAAACGUCUCUGUGCAGAAGCAUGGGGAAGAGUACAACAGCAAACACGGUGGUAAGUUGAGCGUACACAAUCUGAGAUUGUAUCUGGAGAGCACGCGUGGAAAGGCGGUCACGGAAAAGCUGUUCGCGAACAUCACCUGGUGCAUCGUGCACUCCCUGAAGGCUGUUACCCCGGUAAUGGCGAACGACCGACACUGUUUCGAGUGCUACGGCUACGAUAUCAUCAUCGACAACGAUCUCAAACCAUGGCUGAUCGAGGUUUUCAAUAUUAUAAUUCGUGUUAAUCUCCAUUCUCGCUGCUGUCUAAUCGCGUUAAAAUUCGAUCUUUCACGUUCGAAGGUAAACGCUUCUCCGUCGCUGACGUCUACCACGGUGAACGAUCGAAUUUUGAAAUACAAACUGAUCGACAAUAUAAUUUCGAUCGUCGUGCCACCCGAUGGAAGCCCAGACGUGAAAUGGAACAAGUGUCCACCGCCAGAAGCUCUGGGAAAUUUCGAGCUUCUCCUGGACGAGGACAUAUGCGCUCAAGACGAAAAGGAAUACUCCGGCAAGUGUCGGAGUUCUUCGAGCAAGUGGAACAAGUUCUCAACUGGUACCAAAUGACGUAAUGAAUAAACUGGUUACGA